CUCACUCCAGCGCGGUCGCACACACUGAACGAGGAGAGGGAAGAAUGAGGAAGAACUCGCACGCUCUCCCGAAAUCUGCUGAUAAAGCAUCAGAUAUUUGAUCGCUACGGGUCAGUCUGGGGGAAAAUCAAACGCGCGUAUGGAAACCGUAGGGCGAAUAUAAUACUCGUGUGGGUCUCUUAUAGUUCAGGUGUCUCCUAUAUAAAAACCUUAACUAAUGCGAGGUGGGAUACUACAGACGGCUUCCGACGCGCACUGUCUCCGUUAACACUACUGCUGCCGCUAUCCCUGACUCUGACUUCUUCAGACCCAGACGGACCGGUCCGUUACGAUUUAGGAAUGAUGAGGCUCCGUGAAGCUUCCCCACGCCUCUUACAUGGCUUUCGGUGUGUAGUCGUCAUGGUGAUUGUGCUCUGCAAUGUCCACCAUGUGACAGCGGAACAUGCCCCAGACCACAGCCCCGAUCAUAGUUCUCCGGUCAACAAAUCCUUGUCCUGUUCCGGGUCUUCCAUAUGUGCCCCAGGCGUCAUCCUGCCUGUGUGGGAACCACAGAAUCCCUCUUUUGGGGACAAGGUGGCUCGGGCUACGGUUUAUUUCGUGGCAAUGGUGUACAUGUUUCUCGGAGUGUCGAUUGUUGCUGACCGGUUCAUGGCGUCUAUUGAGGUCAUCACCUCUCAGGAGAAGGAGAUCACCAUUAAGAAACCAAAUGGUGAAACGACCACCACAACUGUACGAGUUUGGAACGAAACUGUCUCCAACCUCACCCUGAUGGCUCUGGGGUCCUCUGCACCUGAGAUUCUGCUCUCAGUCAUUGAAGUGUGUGGCCAUAACUUUGAAGCCGGUGAUCUGGGACCCUCUACAAUCGUUGGCAGCGCAGCAUUCAACAUGUUUGUCAUUAUCGGAAUCUGUGUCUACGUGGUGCCGGACGGAGAGCAUCGCAAAGUGAAACACCUGCGUGUUUUCUUUGUCACCGCUUCGUGGAGCAUCUUUGCCUACUUGUGGCUCUACCUGAUCUUGGCUGUUAUCUCACCAGGCGUCGUCCAGGUGUGGGAGGGUCUUCUCACCCUUUUCUUCUUUCCCAUUUGUGUUGCCUUCGCUUGGAUCGCCGACCGCCGCCUCCUGUUUUACAAGUAUGUUUACAAGCGCUACCGAGCCGGCAAACACCGCGGCAUGAUCAUCGAGACGGAGGGUGACCGUCCUCUGCCGUCCAAGGUGGAUAUUGAGAUGGACGGGAAGAUGCUGAACUCUCACGCGGUGGACUUCUUAGAUGGAACUCUGGCUUUAGAACUGGAGGACAAAGACUUGGACGAGGAGGAAGCCAGACGUGAAAUGGCGAAGAUUCUUAAGGAACUCAAGCUGAAACAUCCAGAUAAAGAGGUGGAGCAGCUGAUCGAGCUCGCGAAUUACCAGGUGCUGAGCCAGCAGCAAAAGAGCCGUGCAUUCUACCGAUGCCAGGCGACCCGCUUGAUGACCGGCGCAGGGAACAUUUUGAAGAAGCACGCCGCAGAUCAGGCUCGCAAAGCCGUGAGCAUGCACGAGGUACGAAGUGACACUGGAGAAAACGAUCCGAUUUCCAAGAUCUUUUUUGACCCCGGCUCCUACCAGUGCCUGGAGAACUGUGGAACCGUGGCGGUGAAUGUGAUCAGACGUGGAGGCGACCUCAACCAGACCGUUUCUGUGGAAUUCCGCACAGAAGACGGAACCGCAAACGCUGGCUCUGACUACGAAUUCACCGAAGGCACCGUCAUUUUCAAGACGGGCGAGACUCAGAAGGAGAUCAGAGUUGGAAUUAUUGACGAUGACAUCUUUGAAGAGGAUGAAAACUUCCUUAUACAUCUCAGCAACGUCCAGGUGCUUCAUGAGGGUGAUGAGGCCGAGACCACCGAAGCCAAUCAUGUGGAGACCAUCGCGACGCUCGGCGUGCCCUCCACUGCAACAGUCACCAUCUUCGACGAUGACCAUGCUGGAAUCUUCACAUUCGAAGAGCCCGUGACCCACGUGAGCGAGAGCGUGGGUGUAAUGGAAGUGAAGGUCCUGCGCACUUCUGGCGCCCGUGGGGUGGUGUCAGUGCCGUAUAAAACCAUUGAGGGAUCGGCCCAUGGGGGAGGAGAGGACUUUGAAGACUCACAUGGUGUCCUAGAGUUCCAAAACGACGAAAUAUUGAAGACGUUAACAGUCAGGGUUCUCGAUCGAGAGGAAUACAAUAAGCAAUGCAGCUUUUACGUAGAGCUACAGACGCCGUUGUGGAGGAGGAGAGGAUGGACAGAAUACAGAGAAGAAGAGAAAGAGGCGGGGCAGGAAGAUGAGGAGCUACUGACAGGCGAAGAGGAAGAGGAACGUCGCAUUGCUGAAAUGGGAAAGCCAAUGCUCGGAGACCACCCCAAGCUGGAAAUCAUCAUUGAGGAAUCUUAUGAAUUUAAGAACACAGUUGAUAAGCUAAUAAAAAAGACAAACUUGGCUCUUCUGGUUGGCACCAACAGCUGGAGGGAUCAGUUCAUCGAGGCCAUCACAGUGAGCGCUGGUGAGGACGACGACGAAGAAGAAUGCGGAGAGGAGAAGCUUCCUUCCUGUUUCGAUUACGUCAUGCAUUUCCUCACCGUCUUCUGGAAAGUUCUCUUCGCCUUCGUCCCACCCACCGACUACUGGAACGGGUGGGCCUGUUUCGUGGUGUCUAUCCUGAUGAUUGGCCUUCUGACAGCGUUUAUAGGAGAUCUUGCAUCCCACUUUGGUUGCACCGUCGGGCUGAAGGACUCCGUCACCGCUGUUGUGUUCGUGGCAUUGGGCACUUCGGUUCCAGACACCUUCGCUAGUAAAGUGGCAGCGAUCCAGGACCAGUACGCUGAUGCGUCCAUCGGAAACGUGACGGGCAGCAACGCCGUGAACGUGUUCUUGGGCAUCGGAGUGGCGUGGUCCAUCGCCGCCAUCUACCACAACUCCAAGGGCCGCGAGUUCCACGUGCAGACCGGUAGCCUGGCGUUCUCCGUCACCCUCUUCACCAUCUUCGCCUUCAUCUGCGUGGCGGUGCUCAUGUACCGCCGCCGGCCCGACAUCAACGGCGAGCUGGGGGGUCCGCGGACUGCUAAAGUGCUGACCACCAUGCUUUUCGUCAGCCUCUGGCUCCUCUACAUUCUGUUCUCCUCUCUGGAGGCAUACUGCCACAUCAAGGGCUUCUAAACACGCAAACACGCGCUCACACACACAUGCACACUCAGAACUACACUAUUUCACGCAGUGACAUACACGUUCAUGCAUAAAGAUCAUAAGAAUGAAGACUAUACACAACUGAGGAAGGCAACAGCGGAGGACCCGGUUUUGGGUUUAUGCAGAUAAUAUCCGCAAACCGUAGGCCAGUUUUUUGUUUUGUUCACACGCCACUUCUAUGUCAUCAUCUUUUUUUUGUUUAUUGUGUUUUGAACGACUGCAUCUGAUAGGACGGUCUUUCCACAGUGUGGACCACGGCGUAUAGACUAUGACAGCUUGCUACCUUUAACUACUGUAGUUGUGCUUUUUAAGUCGAAACCAGACAGCAGACGUUGGCCUGCGGAGCACCGUGGAGUCUGUAAGCUCAUUGAAUUCUGGGUAAUGUAGUUCAGUGGCUUUUUUCUGUGUUUUUUGCUUUGUUUGGAGUGAGCCGUACUGCACUUUGCUGCGUGAUAGAGAUGCAGGCUUCUAGAAUCUGUAGACACAUUUUUCAUCAUUUUUGGAGUGGUCUUGGAGAUUUUCACAAACAGCUUAAUGUCGCUUUCAAGAGCAGCUCCUAGGGACUAGUUCCUGUGAAGGCCAGUUUUUAUCACCGUUAAUGUUUUUUGCAUUCAACAGCUGAGAUCAGAACAAGAUUUAGAAGAGUUCAGUAGAGGCCGAUGUAAUCUCUCCUAGCACUAAGCUUUAGAGACCAGAGUUGUGCAUUUCAUUUAAGAGCCCUGAAAUGACAGCCAGAAGGAUUGUGAAGUGCUAUUGAGAGCUUUGAAGACACAUUGAUUUUUAUCUAAUAGCACGAAUAUUUCGACAUACUGCAGUUUGUUAAAGAUUGGAUUCGUUUAUGCAAGCACAUUUGACUGAUGUGAAAACCUGUGAGGUCAGUAUAAAGUGAGAUAACUGUCUCUAACAGGUCAAUUAAAUGGCUAUCAAACGCUUUUGUCAACAUCACAUCAAGAGUUUACAAUGAAGACUGUUACUUUCUGUCUAAACGUACACACACUACACAAACGUACACUACACUUUCAUGUUUUUCCAACGUAUAGUCAUACACAUGCAAGCAUGCAGAAGUGGUAGUCUUUGCUUGACAAACUUUACGAGGGUUUACGAGGGCUCUCCCUCCACCCCGACUGAGAGCGCUUCUUUGUACUUUGUAGAUUCACUGCAUAUGAAGCUGUAAGGUAUCGUAGAGUAGCGGUUUUAGACAUAAGUCGUAUUUUAAGGUGGAAAUUGUAGAAUCUGAAUUUGACUCUGAACAAUAGCAUGGGCCCAACAUAAAUCGUCAAAUCUGAACGUGUUUCCUAAAGUAGCUUUGGCUUAAAUUUUGAAACAAGAAUUUUUCACACUCCUUUCCAAAGUUAGAUUUAGUGAGCCAUGUCAAAAAAGAAAUGUGUAUUUGAUGGGGCGCAGUGGAUGUGACAGCCAUCUAUUGUGUAGGGAAUUUGCUAAAGGGAAAGAUUUUUCUUAUGGAGAACCGUGCCACAGCCCCUGAAGUAGGUUUUGUAUCUGAAAUUUUACGGGGUUUUUUACCCACACCAAAAUGUACUCGCAAGGAUUAAGAGCUUGCCUUGGUGACAUUUCUUAUGGGUGUUUGUAUCUAAUUCGAGGGACCUCCGCCUCUUUCACUGCAUAAGAACAGCAACUUUUCUUGUGAUGGAGCGUCUCGGGUGUUUUGAAAUGUGUAGCUUGAUUUUGAAAGAGAAUAGCUGAAUGCCUGUUUAUUCUUUUGGUUGAGUUUUGUUUGUUUUACAUGUUUUAAUGAAAGGAAGCAUAUUGUACCAGCUCCGGGGCUUUCCGUUAGGAAACCUCGAUGAUCUGCAGUACUUGAUGAAGACGGCCUGCUGUUGCUUGCUAAUUCUAAGCUCCACCAGAAAGACACUACAAACGAAAAAACAAUCAAUAUAAAAACACACACAGACGUUUUUCCUGAAGCCUAAUAUCUAUUUAACCAAUAAACAAAAAAGAAAAGAUGAAGGUUGAGGAAAAUGGGGUUUGGUGAAACCAUGUGAAUUACAGCCAUACUCUUAAGGUCUGCCUAGAAGACUUUCACAAACUCUCGCUGUGCGUGCUGCCCGCUGGCACUGAGCUGGAGGCGUGUCUACACUCACGGGCUUGUCCGACGUACGAGGCGUUCGAACUGUACAUGGUCUCUAUGGUUUAUACUGUGUAUGUAUUUGCUUUGGCAGAGCUGGGGGUCGACAAUUGUACGUCUGUGCUCUGCGGUUAUGGGUGUGUCUGUAAAUCGGGGCGUGAAUGCAUUCGCCCCUGUGAAACAUAGCCCCUCCCCCAUGCCCCACCCCUUGUUUGCCAUGUCCAUAUUUGGAAUGUUAAUGUGCUUCGUGUUGACAAUGCAUGGAUGCUAACCUGUCUGUAUAUAGUACGCAGAAUUUCCUUCAUUAAUGUAGUCGACAGAGGUUUGAAAGCUGUAUAGAUAUUCUGAUGUUUGUUUGUUUGCUUGGUUUUCUUUUUAGUAAGUUUCAUUUGAAUGUGUUUGUUUUUACUUUGGAUUAUUUUGAACUUGCACAUGUAUAUUAAAAAGGCAGUAUCUGUCGUUGAAUACCGGCGCACAUGUACAAACAUAGGAAGCAAUAUAUCUUGGUUGUUGCCGUGGUUAUAUUAUUUAACAGUAUAAAAUAGUUUGUCACUUAAGAGUUCAGAUGUGUAUGUAUAUACUGUACAGCAGAGUGAAGACUGGCAUUAUUACAAGAGAGAGAAUACAACAUAUUUAUUCGAGACCUUUACGAACAUGAGAAUGACAAAUAUUGCCUUUUGGAUUGAUUGUUGCAGAGCUUUGUUUGUUCUGUUUUAUCUUUGCUGAGCAGUGUGUGUGUGCGCCUGUAUAUGUGUGUGUGUACCUGGUCCGGAGCAGUGUGUGGUAUCGGUAAGAUUUAAGGGAACAAAAAUCCAUUAUGUGUUUGCUCCGAGUCUGUGAACCAUCUGGAAAAUGUCUGUAAAUGUUGGGAGAACGUGUGUGAAAUGUCAGGUUAACGUUUGCCUCGUGUAUGUCUUACAUUCCUCGGCUCCCCCUUUCUCCUCACUGCUCAGAUGGACUGUAGUUUUUCAGGGGUUUAAUACUAAUCUUUGAUAAUAUUAUUUUCCUCUCUCUCUCUCUCUCUCUCUCUCUCUCGCUCAAAUCCAAGGCCUCACAAACAUGUUGCAUUAAUGUGGCCAGUGCUGAAACUACAUAGGCCGUGUGUUGUAAAAACCGCAGAAGUGUAUAUGUGUGAAGAAUUUCUUUAUUUUGCGUGUAUACUGUAUGUGUGUAUAUGAGUACAUGUCACUUAUUUAUAAUGAAUAAUAUGUAUAAAGGUUUGCGAAACCAUCUAAACAACGGCCGAAAGCUCUCACGCCAAAGCAGGACUGAAUGUAUUGUGUGUCCGUGUAAUAGCUGGUCUAAAUGAAGGAAGUUUUAUUAUAUUAUCUGUCUUGUACAGAUGGAGGGGCUCGAGUCAUUGUUGUGUACAAUCGACAUAGGCUAAUGCUGUGAGUCAUGUUAAUGCAAAGUGUGUGUGGCCUUAGUGUGUCUUACACGCUCAUAAGCUUAUUAAAGCUUUCUCUAUUGUCCUGCUCAACCUCUCUCUCUCUCUCUCUCUCAUCUCUUCUUUCUUUUCUGUUGCAUUUUUUGCCUUGUUUCACACUGUUUUGUUUUGAUGGUUAGGUUGUUUUAAUUUCAAGCUGAAUAAUUGAAUAUGACAUUUUUGCGUUUGUUUUUGUUUUGACUUAUUUGAGUUGUUUGUGUUGCACUCAAUCUAAUAAAAUGGACGUCCACUAACUGUGAUUGCUCCCUUAGUACACCUCUACACAGGAAAUAAAGUUUGGGAUAUCCUGUUUAGAGCCAAGGGGCUGCACUGUGUCUCUUUUUAUGUUU